UCCGUGAUAUAUCAAUAAUAACACUAAAUGCCGACUUUGUUAUUGUGUUGGGUGUCUAAGCGGCCCCAGUGCGUACCCGUGAAAGAUGGCUUCCACUGCCCAGUUUCUCUCUAUACCAGCGAGCCAGCCCAAGUUGUGGCAGGCUGAUCUCUACUCAUGGAAACGGUACCACUCCAGCAGUCCAGACGUAGCUCAUAAAGGCUGGCAGAAAUGGGGCGGUCCACACCCAGACUGGUAUGCCAAGAAGUCGUCCUCGCAACACCCUGACUGGUUCAAUAGGAACAUCAACACCAUCAGGAGAUCCGACUACAAGAAGGUGAAUUGGCACUACGAACGCCCUUCCAAGCCCACGAGUCGAACGCACGACGACUUUAUAUCCUACACAAACGAGGUGAUGCAGAAGGACGUCCUACGCCCGAUGUCCCACAACAAGUCCUACCAGGGCAGGUUCACUUUUAAACAGCCAUACCCCAUGGAGGUCCCCAUGCCCAAAUGGGGACUGUACAACCCGCCUCACUAUGAAGAGCCAAUCCGAAACGACCAUUUCCCACCCAUCAAAUAUGACGGAUACAAAUGAAGGAUUAAUGUUACGGGAUAUUGACAAUGAACGAUAUUUGUUGUGAAAAAAGCUGGAUAUUCGCGAUCAGAUAUCGAAAUGUUGAUGCCUGAUCUUGUCUAAUCUUGCAAGUACAGCAUCGUAAUGAUUGUCUCAAUGUAAUAUUAGUUUACUGUUUAGGUUUUUCAAUAUCAGAUAGGUAGAGCAUCAUUAAAGCCAAAUAAAUCCACUACAACUAGGCCUUAACAAUUCUACCACUGUCACUAUUGUUAAAUAUUUGUUAAAGACUUUUUUCAAAAGAAGGGUUCCAUAAAAAUCAUAUGUUGCAUUAAAUACAUUUUACAGAAAUGUACUUGUUUGAAAUUUGAAAAUAGAAAAUAAACAAUAACAAAACGAAAAAAUUCUGGCUAUUGCAUCCAACUCUGCGAAGCAAUCAUAUAGGUACACAAUUAAAAUGAGUGUCCAAUUAAUGGGGUGAAAAGUUUAUGGAAAGAAAAAAAACAUUGACAGGUGAAGUUACUCUAAAACAAACACCAUUUGAUUGCUGCAUGUUCUGUAUUAAAGGGAGAACACUCCAAGUCGAAAUAAAUCCAAAGUGGAACUCUUCUUUAUGAUUUUAACAAAUGCAGUGGUACCCUUGACCUUGAAGACAUCGUCCAAUCGUCUUGAUAGAAUGCCUGCUGUUUAGGUUGAUCCAUAUUUAUUUGUAGAUAAAAUGACCAUUUUAACAGUAGCGGUUUUUAAAGUUAAAAUGAAAGGUACCAAAUAGAUUUUUUUUUUUUUUUUUCAUUCCAGCUUAUUAUCGAGAUAUAUAUUUGGCUGCUUGGAAUUGCAGUCUUAAUUUCAAAGCUGACCUAAUUUUAAAUCGGGCUCAUUAUUGAGAUUUAAGGGGAUCUGAGCAAUAUCUCAUGUAGGAUUUCAAUGGUACCAUAAAACCCAUUGUGUAGGGGGAAAAAAGUUAUAGUUUAAAUUCUUAGUUAACUUAAAUAUAGUGCUUUCUUAGAUUGAAUAAUAAAUUUAAGUAAAUGUGAAGUAAUGCUGAGCAUGAAUUUAUAGUGUGCUAUAUUUACUCAAUCUACAAUUUUUCAAUGGUAUUACUAUACUUACAUCAGUUUCAUUAAUAUAAAUAUGGCUCCCUUGAGAAUCUUCAGAGUUUUCCUUGCUAUAAGCUUUUUGCAAAUUAUUGAGAGUUUUGUUGGAUUUUUCAGCUUUGAGAUUGAAUUUUGAAUUUGUUUUUAGCACACGGACAAAAAAAAUAUGCAGAUGGUUGAUAAUAUCAAACUCUGACACCUGCUUAAUAUUUUUUUUAUUUUUUUUUCAUUUAUGUUGUGGGAUUUAGCACUUGAACAUUUUUUUGUGUUAGAAAAUCCAUACCGAUUUACAUAAGUUAUGUACGUUAAUAUAUAUAUAACAAAUCUGUUUCAAAUUCAAUAUAACCUACAUAUGUAUAUCUGAAGUUAUUAAAUUAACAAUUAUUGACUUUCGUUGAGGUGA